AGCACACUGAGGUUGACAGGAAUGGAAGGCGAUCUGCGAAGGUUUCGUCGCGAAUCCAUGGCGUAAAUCCGAGAGCAGAGCGAGAUUGAACGAGCGAGGCGCGUAUAAAUGCGGCCUCAUGGAGCGGCAUCGAGGCCGACACUGCGACCGAUCAGAGCAGCAGCAGAGGCGCCGCCAUUCCUCCUCGCUUUCGUCUUUAUCGUCUCUCUUCACUCCCUCUCCCUAUUUGUGCCUUUUUCUCAGUCGAUCUCGAGGCCACACGCAUCGAAGCGACAAGAUUAGGGUCAAGAUCGGAUGGAAGGAGGAGGAAAGAGGCAGUCUUCGUCGAUCGCCGACGAGCUUUUCCCCACCGGCAAGGAUGGUUCGUCAUCCUCGUCGCCUGGAUACUUUAGCAACGUCUUCCCCCCUGCUUCCGCGGUGAUGGGUAAGUAUUCAUCACAGAACGACUUGUUCUGGACGCUGAGCAAGCAGAAGACGGAUGGACAAUUCGGAAACGCUCAGGGCGUACCUCAAGGUGGUAAACCUCAGGGAAAUCCAACCAAGAAACAAAUGACGCGGAGCAUGGAUGGAAAACCUGUAACUCCUGAUCAAUAUGAAGAAUCAGCCUAUUUUAGCUCUUCUGUUCACUAUGGCGGUCGUGAUUUCUAUGACAGUUCUUCAUCCACCCAAGUUUCUGGAUCACCAAAAACUUUUAAAGAUGACAAAGGGGGAAAUUCAAAUGACCCUGAUGCUGCCAAUCGAGGUGAAUGGUGGCAAGGUUCUCUGUACUAUUGAAGUACCAACUCAACUAAUAUGCUCUUGAUCAAUAUUCAUAGAAGGAGUCUGGAUGGUCCCGGAUGUUUAUAGUUGACUUCCCUUAUUGAGCAUCUUUUUGCCAUUAGAAGUUGGUCAGGUUUUAUUAUGAUAGUGUUUAAGGAUGAGAACUACUGGGAGUGGGUAUCAUCAGUUUGAGCUUGUUUGACUGCGACUAUCUAUGCUGAGACUAUGGGAGUACUACACUAACUCUAUUGCUUGGCCAUUUUCAAUCCUUUUUUCAAUGUAAAUCUGUCUGCGUCUAUUGUUUGUUGCUUGGUGCCCACUAUUCAUGUUUGUUUUGCUAGCACAAUUGUGUGAAGGUUUGAUCCCUAUUUGUGGACUCUGGGAGAGAUGAAGGCUAUCUAGUUGUGGAGGUGGCUUGAGAGGGCUGAACCCUAAUGGAGCUCCCUUGCUGUAUUAUGAAAGAGAUCAAGGCUGUCUAGCUUUGCAAAUGGCUUGAGUUGGCUCACUGUAUUAACUCUAAACAUUUAUCAAGGCUUUAAAUAGAGGAAUUUAGUUUGCCUUUUAUGUAGGUCA